CGGAGGGCGCGGAGCCCCGCAGCCAUGGGGCCCGGAGAGGCGCUGCCCGCCCGCCCGUCCUGCCGCGCGGUCUCCACUCCAGGUGUGCCAGGGAAGAAUUCCUCGCUGCGUCUCGGUACGCCCUUCUCGGUACGCCCACUUUUGGCCCCAGGAGCCACGCCUUGGCAAAGGUGGGCUUGGUAUUUCCCGGGUGACCGAGAAGGACGUUUCGUGUUUCUGCCGAGGGUGCUGUGCUCUCUUUUUCUUGCCGUGACUCCUGCCAAGCAUGGUGCCAGAUCAUCAAUGUGUCUGAAUCACACUCUUCUUUCCUCACCUCUAUGGAGGGGACUGCCAAUGAAACAAACUGGAGCAUUUCCAUGCCUUCUGGAAACAAAUACCACCUCUACAUAGGCUUGGCUUUGGCUAUAGGUUCCAGUAUCUUUAUUGGGUCUAGUUUCAUACUGAAGAAGAAAGGACUUUUGAAACUGGCAGACAGAGGAGUCACCCGAGCUGGACAAGGUGGAUAUUCUUAUUUGAAGGAAUGGCUUUGGUGGGCUGGACUUCUAUCAAUGGGAUUAGGAGAAGCUGCAAACUUUGCUGCCUAUGCCUUUGCACCUGCAACCUUAGUUACACCCUUGGGUGCACUGAGUGUUCUCAUAAGUGCUAUAUUGUCAUCCUAUUUUUUAAAUGAGAAGCUGAAUAUUCAUGGAAAGCUGGGCUGUGUACUGUGCAUUUUGGGGUCAACAGUCAUGGUUAUUCAUGCUCCAGAGGAGGAGGAGGUCACCUCACUCGAUGAGAUGGAAAGAAAGCUGCAAGAUCCAGCAUUUGUUACAUUUGCUGUUCUCCUAACAGUCGUUGCCCUUGUCCUGAUUGUUUUCAUGGCUCCAAAGAGAGGUCAGACAAAUAUACUGAUCUAUGUUUUAAUUUGCUCACUCAUCGGUGCCUUCUCUGUCUCGUCUGUGAAAGGCCUGGGCAUUGCCAUUAAACAAAUGCUGGAGGGGAAGCCAGCCUAUCACAAUCCAUUGGUUUACAUUUUGGUGGGCAUCUUGGUGGUCUCAGUCAGCACUCAGAUCAACUAUCUCAACAAAGCACUGGACGUAUUCAACACAUCCCUUGUGACACCCAUUUACUACGUGUGCUUCACUACGACGGUGGUGACAUGCUCCAUCAUCUUGUUCAAGGAGUGGAGCAGUAUGGAACUGGGUGAUAUCAUUGGAACCCUGAGUGGAUUCUGCAGCAUCAUCAUUGGCAUUUUCCUAUUGCAUGCUUUCAAAAACACUAACAUCACGUGGAGUCAGUUGAUGUCCACUGUUGCAAAGGAACCGCCACAUCGUGAACUUGAAACCAGUCACACUUUGCUGGAGAGCAUGGAAGAUGCAGCUUUGGCAUGUGAGGAGGACAACAUUUUAUUCAGUCAAUGAAACAUUCAAGCAGUGUUCAUCAUCAAAGUAUCAUGAAUUGCAAACUCAGCCCAUCUGCUAGAAUGCUCUACUUUUCUGCAGUCCUCUGGAAAUUUGUCUGAGAAGCCUGUUAAGUGUGGGCCAUUCCUCUCUGUGUCAGCUGUUGGCCAUCAUGAAUGAAAAUGUUCAGUAAUUCGCAUCACAGACAGAAACCUGGUGGUGAUUAUAUGUUGGGCAAUGAAAAAUAUGGUCCUUUUCUUACGCAACAUCUUUUCUUGGGAAAUUUUAGCAAAAAAUGGUCUUUGUAAGCCACAUUUAAAAAAAAACAAAACAAUUUUCUUUUAAUGAUAAAAGACAAUCCUUGCUGACAGGUACUCUGCUAUUAUCUCAGUGAUGGCCUUAAUACUUUUGGAUUUCUUUAUACUUUUAUAAUUUAUUGCCAAGUAGGUUUGUAGAUACUAUACAUGAAGGAUAUUCAUUGGAGACAUAAUAUGACGAAAACAGUAUUUAACCCUUUUAGUUUUUAAUAUAAAAUUUUAUGGAAGAUUUUUUCACUUCUGAUGACUUUCCAAUGACCAUUGAUUAGAUGCCACAAAAAAAAAUUUAGCAAAUAUAAUUUAGCAAAUAUAAUACUUGAUAAGUCUCAGCUUUUCUACCCAAGGAAUCCUGAAUGGAUUAUGAAUCCCUGAAUGUGCCUUUACUUUUAUAUUUCAAAACUAAGAACAAUUUUCAGAAAAAGAAAAUUCAUUAGAGGCCUGAGAACGGUUGCUACUGGCUUAAAAAAUUACAUGAGGUUAUAGAAUUAAGUAUUCAAAGGCAGGAGAAAACCAGAAGAUGCAAUUAAAAAUUUCCACUUAGUUUUAUAUUAUUUUGAGGAUUGAGAAGGGGCUUUACUUAUUUCCAUACUUCUUCCUAAUAUAGCCGUCUAUUAAUUAGAACCUAUUUAAGCUUUUCAAAUUUUUUUCCUCAUUUUCUGGGAAGGUAUUGUUCUUUGUAAAUAAUAAAGCAUUCUUUUAUAAGUGCAAAAUCCAUCUUACAGUCCAUGCACUACUUCUAAAAAUACUAGGUAAAGGAUGGGCUGUAGGCAAGGUGUGAGAAAUAUCACAACUUUUUUUUUUUUAGUUUGGACUUAUCAUUUUUUCUAAAUAUGAGUAUUUGCCUCUAUUAGAUGUUUAACCAUAUGUUAACCUACCAAAAGCCUUGAAGAUUGGUAACGGUAACUGUACUGUAGUUCCUCAAUUAUGGUCACUGAUCUUUCUGUCACAAAAAAGCUUGCACAGUCCAUAGUUUACUCAUUAAAAUCCUCUCUGUUUUCCACUUUGUAGGUAAGUAACUUCAGCAAUCAGGCCUGUGGAUGGUGACAGGCUCAUCAGAAAGCAGCAUUGCUAAUCUUUGGUUUUUUAAGUGUGAGUCUAGAAAGUUUGCCAGAGGAUGUCAGCACUUCAGCAGAUAAAAACUAGUUUUAUUAAGCUGAGGUUUAUAUCCCAAGCAGAAUUUCCUCAUGAAGCAGGCUGUAGGUUUUCUAAUGUUCAAAAGGUUUAGUAAAAGAGGACAGUUUCGAUGGAUAGAAGAUUGUUUUACCAAGGAAGGCUUAUCCUUUAUCUCUUAAAAAAAAAAGGGUUGUUUUUUGUAUUUCAUAUAUUUGUGUGGCAUCACUGUUAUCCAGCAAAAGGGAUAUUUUCACAAAAAAUGUACUUGCCUUCAAAAUAUAAUGAUGUAUACAUUAUCAAUUUGGAAUAUUUUUCAGCUUGAGUGAUGUAAUUCACAUUCUUUGCUCUUAAAAUGCUUGUGUUAAAAAAGCUUCAGACAAGAAAAAUCUACAUCCAGGGUUUCAUUACUUCUUAGUUAAUGCAGAGAAUACUUUGGUUUUAUUGACUAGAUUCAAGGUUCAAAAUCUUCAUAGUUAAAAACAAGUAUUACAAAUAAUAAAAAGACUAAAGAUGGAGGGAGUUUUAUAGUUUGUUUUUUAACAAAAAUUUGAAUUGACUUUCACUCUGAAUUACACAAUUCAAAGAAUAACUGAAGAAAACAUUAACUGUAAAAGAGAGAAAAACAAAUGCUUUUGCAUAGUUCCUGGCCCCUUUAUUUGGUUAUAGAGUCAUCACUGUGGUGUGACCAAAUGAGUUACUUGUAAGAAAAAGCAAUCAAUCCAGUUCUUUAAUGGAUGUGCGUUGGCAUUUUUUAAAGAUAUGUCAUAAUACUUUCUUUGAGAAGGGUGUGGACUCCUUAUAUACCAACCACUGGCAAUAAUUAACUUAUACCAAGCAAAAUUCCUGUAUUUUCUACUGGACCUGUGUAUUUGCUAUUAUGCAUAAAUAGCAACUAAAAAAAAAAAAAAAAAAAAAAAAAAAAAAAAAAAAA